AGAUCGACUUGAAGUUGCUUUUUAGUGAAUACAUCCAUUUUUGCAACAAUAUUUUUCCUGGAGUGGAACGAGAUCGAUGUACAAGUCCGAUAUUUAAUGAAGCAUUGAAGAUGGAAGAAGGUUCCGAGAAUGCUGAUACGAACACGCAGAACGUCAAAUUCAUCGAUACCUUGAUCACGCAAUGGAUGAAGUACACAGGAAACGCGGUUUCGGAUCAAACGGAGGAGGUGACGGAAAGUGCGAACACGCAGAAAAACACUCAACAGGCUCUGCAGAAGCGGGACCGUGUUAUUCACGACCUGAGGCGGAAGCUGAAGGAAAGCCAGGAAGCGGCAACCUUUUUGUCCACCUCCUUGGAAACGGAAACGCGCAACAAGGCGGAGAUUCGGAUCAAAUUAAACGCGACUUGGGAAACCAUUGAGACUAUCACAGAAUAUUUCAACUACAUCAGUGAGAGUCUGACCAGCUUUGAGCAGCAUCGCAUUAAUUUGUCUGCUCUUUACGAUGGGGUGAUUCACAAGCAGCAGGAAGAUAUCAAGAAGAUGCAAUUAAACAGCUCAAAAUCAAAAGAUUUAGAGGAUCACGUUACGCAUUUGAAAAAUGAAUUGCUACUACGAGAAAAAAGACUACAAGAGACGAUGACGGAGCAGAAUAAAUUAUGCAAACAACUGGAAAACGUCCAAUACGAAUUACAAUUGCAGAAGAACCAAUUGAAUAUGUCUACCCAAGAAAAGCUGAAAGAACAGCAGUGCUUAUCAUUGGAAAAUGAAAAUUUAAAAUCGCGACUGAAGACAAUUAAAAAAGAAAAUUACGACAUCGCGAAAUCGGCUGCGCAAUUGGAAAACAAAUUGCUACUUCAAGAAAAGAAGAUGCAAGAUGUCUUGACAGAGCAGAAUAAAUUACAAAAACAAGUGGAAAAUACCGAGCGCGAAUUGCAUUUGCAGAAAAGUAAAUUGACCAAUGCACAUGCUGAAGAAAAGAUAAAUCUUGUCAAGGAAAAACAAGAAUUGUUAUCGGAAUUCGCAAGUUUACAAUCACGAAUAAACAUACUGGAGCAAGAUAAAACUAACAUCACAGAAACAAUCGCACAAAAAGAUGAACUUCUUUCAAAAUUUCAGGACGAAAUUUUUACGUAUAAAAAUCAAAUCGAAAUGAUGCAGACAAAUAAUCACAAUACGUUUACUAAAUGUGAGGCAUUGAUAGAAAAACAAAAUAUGUUGGAGAAAGACUUGCGUACAAAAACGGAAAGGAUGCAAAAUUUAGAAACAGUAUUAAACACACUAAAGCAAAGAGAGAGCAAACUCAUUAAUGAUAUAAACAGGAUGGAGAAGAAAUUGACUACUGAGAUGAAUUAUUCUAAGGAUCUCACAAAUAAGCUUUCGAAAGCGCAGGAGGACUUGCAGCUUGCGCAGAAUCAAAAUAAGGAGAUGCAAAAAACGUUAGAAAUGACUAAGAAAGACAGCAAAUUUGCCAAUAAGGAACUUCAACAACAAUUAAAGGCUCUUAAAACAGAGAAUGGAGAACUUUUAAAACGAGAAAAUACGAUGAGUAAGUCCGCGCAAGUUUUGUAUGAAAACGCGCAAGCCAAGCAUGCCGAAGAAGUGUCGGCCUUGAAGAGCGAUUACGAAAUGCAAUUAUUGGAGUCGAAGAAGACGAUAGAUUCCCUGCACGAGACGAUUAAUAAUGUUAGGGAAGAAAAUACCAAGCUGAAUAAGACAUUGAUAAAAAUAAGAGCAGAGAACAACACGUUGAAGAGCGAUAAUAAAUUGACUAUGUCGCGUAAUGAGGAUUUCCAAAAUAAAUUAAAAGAAGCCACGGAAGCGUUGCAGAUGAAGUCGACCGAGAAUCGAAAAAAGAAUGAAUUUGCAAUGUCUCAGCCUGCUAUUUUUACAUUUGAGGACCACGAUAAGAUAAAUGAGCCGUUAUCACCGAUUAGUAUUUAUCCAAUGAAUUCGAUGAAAGAGAUUCCAAAAGAGCAAGAGGCAGAAGUUACGUCAGUUGGAAGGAAGUUUUUCAAGUCGCGUUCCAGUCAACCGCGUACUUAUACCAAGCGAUCAACAAUAAGAAAGAAUCUGUAUUGAAUGAAAGGCAUCUCUAUGGGUGAAACCCUAGAUUUCUUUUUCAUUAUCAUUGCUAUCAUCUAUUAUUAUUAUCUAUUAUUAUUAUCAUCUAUUGCGUAGUAUUAUUUUUGGAAUUAAUUAGAGUUAGAGAUCAGAUAUUUUGAUGUAGAUUAAUAUUAUA